AUGAUGAGCCCAGUGGAGUCCAGUGAGGACACUAGGAUGUUUGCGAGUAAUGAUCUCAAACAUGCGAUAAAGUCACUAACGGGCUCUGAUGUCAGCGAUGACUUUAUUGCCGUCAUGCAGAAACAACUGGAGAUGCAUGGCAACACAGAGAUCGACUUUCAAGAGUUUAGCGACUCGUUCCUACAGAUGACACAAUCACUCUAUCCAAUACAGGCGAGCAACAACCCGUCGCGACGAGGCUCCAACCCGCCCUCGCCGCCACCCUCGCCCACGCUGUCUCAUUCAUUCUCAUCGUCGCCCAUCUCGACGCCACCCGAUCUCAUCUCGCCACCAAACUCGCCACGCAACAGCGACUCGUCGCCAGUGUCCUCGUCGCCCAUGUCCGCGUCGCCUCCCAACUUCUUCACAAUUCACGAGUUCACCGACGCGUCGCCAACAACUCAGAACCACCUGGCCAGCUUUUUCGUCAAACCCAACCCAAUAUCACCGCGUCGUUUGGGACAGGGUCGCGCGCGAUCAUCUUCGCUGGGCGCUGGUGCGCAACGCCCUCGCCUGUCCCUGUCCAACGACGCACCGGCCGCUGUCGUGCCGGUGUUCAAUGAUGAUCAGGGUCUGAUCAGGGGAGGCAAGACCUCGCCUGAGCCACCCAUCAUGGACGGCGCUUCAAGCUCGCCACUUCUCACUCGUCCAUCGCCCAUGCUCAAGCAUGAGACGAGCCAUAACGACCUCUUCAUGACGCUGAUGUCGCUAAACAAUGACAAUGGCAACGGUGCAUUCACCAGCAAUGUAAAGAAGCAACAACAGCAGCAGCGCAGAAAGAAGAAACAAAAGAACAGGGCAGCGUACCACAAUGAUGACAGCGAGCUGUGCAGCGAGGAUGAGGGCGCGCCGUCGCCCUUUAGCAUGGACACGGACUGGGAGAGCCCGAGCAAGCCUCGUCGCUACAACUACAAGGCGCAUCACCAUGGUGGUGAAGAGAUUGGAUGGGCCACCGAGGAGUUCUACUACGACCCCACGCUCAAUCGUCUGGACGAGCUGCACGAGGUGGCAUCGAUACUCAAGGAGAAGUACACGAUCUCGUCGUCCAAGGUCAAGGAGCUGGAGAAGAAGAUCCAGAUGACACUGCGGACCAACCAACAACUGGAGGACGAGCUCGAGGGCACCAAGAAGGAGUACAUCACCAUGUCGCUCAAGAACAACGCGUUGAUCCAGAACAAGAACAUGUCGGACCAGAUGCUGGAUGAUUGCAACCAACAGCUCCAUCAGCUGAAACAUUGGAAGCUCAACACCGAGAAGGAGAUGACACAGAUGAAGAAGAAGCUCACCCACUAUGAGGAGUUGGCCUCCAAGACACAAAAGUCACUGGAAGACACGCAAUGGGAGUUAGAGUCACGCGACAUUAGGCAUCAUCAAGACAUUGAGAACAUCAACAAUAAGCAUGGUGACAUGAUGGAGAAGAUUCAGAUUGAGUUCCAAUAUGAGGUCAACAUUGAGAAGGAGCGAUACUUUGCUUUGUCAAAGAAGGCCGAACAGGAGAAUAACAUGCGAGCUGAGGAGAAUGCCAGACUGAGGGAGAUGAUCGAGACCCUCAAUCAACAAGUCUAUCAACUACGUAACAUAUGUGAUGAGAAACAAAAGGAGAUUGAUGAGAAUAACUUGAACAAGAACAAGACAGAGAAUAUGUCACACGAGUUGUUGACGACAGAGACCAACAAUCUGAAUCAUCAACUACAGGGUUGGAAGAAGAGAUGUCAGCGUAUGGAGGCAAAGAAGAUUGUCGAUUUGAAGAAGGAGUUGAAGAGGUCAAAGAAGGAACACAGCGAUUAUGAAUCACUCAUAAUGCAAGGUAUACAAGACUUUAACAAUAUUGGUACUUCAAUUGACAACAAACUCAAGAAUCAACAUCAACAACGUCAAUACAGCGACAUCAACAACAACAACAACAGUAACAACAAUAGUAACACUAGUAACAGUAGUCAUGGCCAUGACAGACCGUCGGACUAUAAACCUCCCCCGGUCAAACAUGGUCCGCCA